AUGACUGAUUACUCGAAGCUCAAAGUCGCGGAAUUGAAGGAUCUGAUCAAGGAGCGAGGCAUUCCCGGCGCUGGCUUGAAGUUGAAGCAGUCAUAUGUCGACGCACUGAUUGCUGCUGACGUGGCGUCCGGUGGCGGUGAUGAUUCGGUGGCUGCGGAGGAGGUGAAGGAAGACAAGGAAGAUGUCGAAGUAGCGCCAGCGGAGGAGGCAGUGGAUGCUGAAGACGAGGUGGUGGAAGAUGUGAAGGUUGCAGAUGAGGCGUCUGGAAAUGACCAAGGAGGACAUGCGACAGGCACAAACGGCGAUGCGAAGGUCGAGACUCCGAAGCCAGUCGCAACGAGCGCAGAUGUCGGCAGCGAUGCGGAUUCCACAAACAAGCGAAAGCGUCGCAGUCCUACACCACCGGUCCGCGACGAGAGCGCAAGUAAGAAGUUGAAGACGGCGGAUGAGGAGCCGGCGCCAUUGAUUGAGGACAGUGCCACCGAUGCGCCGGAUGCGAUGGAGGUGGAACAAGACAUCAAAGAUGCAAUGGACAUUGAGCCGAGCAAAGAGGCCACUCAAGUUCAGGGCGCUGUGCAGACUUCGACAGAGCAAGUCUCCUCUACCGAUGCGGACGUACAUAUGGAGGACCUGCCGUCGAGCUCUCCUUCCAAGCACACCAAGACCCGCGCCCUCUAUAUUUGCAACCUCGUCCGGCCACUCCAACCAAGCGCAUUGCGCGAACACCUCCUCUCAAUCGCUACACCUCAAUCGAAUGACGCACCAGAGAUCGAGACCUUCUUCCUCGAUCGUCUACGCACGCACGCCUUUGUACUCUUCUCCACGCUCCCGGCCGCCAUCCGUGCGCGUUCUUCGAUCCACAACCAAGUCUGGCCCGAUGAACCUCAACGGAAACCGCUCUUCGCCGACUUUAUCCCCGAAGAACAAGUCCAAGCCUGGAUCGACCUUGAAUCCACCCGCGACGGUAUGACUCGCUGGGAAGUCGUCUACAAUCCCAUCUCCGAGACCGACACCGACGGGCCUUCAGUCGCAAGCUUAGAAGAAGUCUCCUCGAACGCUGCUCGCAAACCGACUACUGGCGCCGGCGAAGGAAUGCCCAACGCGCCUUCUGGACCUCGAUCUCAGAACCCCGCCAUGGCUCCACCACAACCCUCCGCGUCUCCCGUGCCGCAAAGCAAGUCGUUCAACGCGCUCGACGCUUCGUUCUCGUCUACGACGACGAAGCCGAAGAUCUACUUUGUGCCCGUGCCGGAUACGCUCGUCGAAUCGCGCUUGGCUGCGCUGGAGGAUGCAACCAGGGAGGACUGGACGGAGAAGGGAGAAGCGGAGGAAGCGAAUUAUAAAGAAGGGGAGAUGAGACGGUAUACAUUCGAGGAUGGCAGCAGUUUGGUCGAUGGCGGGAUGGAUUGGGGGAGGUUUGGAAUGAGUGCGCCGAGAGGUGGUGGCAUGGGCGGUGGUGGGCCAAGGAGGGAUCGAAGACGAGGUGGAGGCGGAGGUGGAGGUGGAGGUUGGAGAGGUGGUGGGGGAGGAGGUUAUGGUGGGAGGGAAUAUGGUGGUGGGGGGUAUGGAGGACGAGGAGGCGGAGAUGGUCACCGCGGGUAUCGAGGAGAUAGCUGGAGACGGUGA